AUGGGUUCAGCUUGGGCACUAACUUUGUUACUACUUGCAACUGUGCUGAGCUCAUUUUUGGCUGAUGGACUUAAUGUGGAUCAUAAGCCAACCAGGGGAAGAUUUUCUCAAGUUAAUGUCACUUCUUCCAUAAUUCAGCAUUCGCAUGCAUUAACAGAUGCCAAUGCAAGGAACACAACUUCUGUGAGUGAAUUUAUGGUGAACAUAGAAACUGCUGGAAAAAAUAGGGGUCAAGGAGGUGGAGGUGGCGGAGGAGGUGCUGAUGGUGGAGGAGGAGGCGGGGGAGGGAGCGGAAGGGGAAGUGGAGGAGGAGGUGGGAGAGGAAGCGGAAGUGGAGGCGGAGGGGGAGGUGGAGGUGGUGGCGGAGGUGGAGGCGGAGGAGGAAACGGAGGGGGAGGAGGAGGUGGAGCAGGAAGGGGGAGUGGAGGAGGAGGAGGAAAUGGAAAAAGUAGAGGGCAUAAGGGAAGACAUGACAAAGGAAGUGGUGGAAGAAAAGGAGCUGGGGGUGGCGGCGGCGGAGGGGGAGGUGGAAGAGGAGGAGGUGGUGGUGGUGGAGGAGGCGGAGGUGGAGGUAGUGGAGGAGGCGGAGGUGGUGGUAAAGGUGAAGGUGGUGGAGGUGGAGGCCAAGGCGGUGGAGGAGGUGGAGGUGGAGGUAAAGGUGGUGGGGGCGGCGGCGGAGGAGGGGGUGGAGGAGGUGGAGGUGGUGGAGGUGGCGGAGGCGAAGGCUGGGGUUGGGGUUGGGGAGGAGGAAGCGGUGGUGGUGGUGGAGGAGGUGGAGGUGGUGGUGGUGGAGGUGGAGGAGGAGGAUGGGGCAAUUGUUGGGGAUGGGGAUGUUAG